UAGCAGUUUUUGUUCCUUAGUUCACUCUUUUUCACAUUACUUGGAUUGUUUUGUUUUUCUUAGACAAACAACAAAAUGAGAUUCUCAUGUUAAGAAUUUAAGAAUAUUAAUGAUGAUGAUCAAAAUGGACCCUUGUUCUUGUUUUGUACUACCCUUUUGUUUCUUCUACUUUUCUCUCUCAAGUCAAUACAAGUUUAUUCCUCUUUAUUGUGUUUGGUGGUGAUGUUGCAUGUUGUGAAUUGAAGACUAAGAUAGUGGUGAAAGUGGAACAUGGCUUCCUUAGACGAAAAGGCUAAAAGUGUUGGAGGUGUUGUUGGUGGUCAAACUCUUGUUGCUGAAAUGAAGUUGCUCAAAGAAAUGCAAGAACAUUGUGGGGUUAGAAAGACAUUAAAUUCAGAAUUAUGGCAUGCUUGUGCUGGUCCUCUUGUGUCUUUGCCUCAAGUGGGGGGUCUUGUCUAUUACUUCCCUCAAGGACAUAGUGAACAGGUUGCAGCUUCUACUAGAAGAAUAGCAACCUCACAGAUUCCAAACUACCCUAGUCUUCCAUCUCAGUUGUUGUGUCAAGUACAAAAUGUCACACUACAUGCUGACAAGGAGACAGAUGAAAUCUAUGCUCAAAUGACUCUCCAACCACUGAAUUCUGAAAAAGAAGUAUUUCCAGUAUCUGAGUUUGGACUAAGCAAAAGUAAACAUCCAACUGAGUUUUUCUGCAAAACUUUGACUGCCAGUGAUACUAGCACACAUGGUGGCUUUUCGGUUCCACGCAGAGCUGCGGAAAAGCUAUUUCCUCCAUUGGAUUACACAAUUCAACCCCCAACUCAAGAACUUGUUGUUCGAGAUUUGCAUGAUAAUACAUGGACAUUUCGACAUAUUUACCGAGGUCAGCCGAAAAGACACCUUCUCACAACGGGUUGGAGUUUGUUUGUCGGCUCAAAAAGGCUUAGAGCAGGCGAUUCUGUUCUUUUUAUCAGGGAUGAGAAGUCGCAACUGCGAGUUGGUGUAAGGCGUGCUAAUCGUCAACAGACAACACUGCCAUCAUCCGUACUUUCUGCUGAUAGCAUGCACAUUGGUGUGCUUGCUGCUGCAGCUCAUGCUGCUGCUAAUCGAAGUCCGUUCACGAUUUUCUACAAUCCAAGGGCAUGCCCUUCAGAUUUUGUUAUUCCACUAGCCAAAUACAGAAAAUCUGUCUAUGGGACUCAGCUGUCAGCUGGCAUGAGAUUUGGUAUGAUGUUUGAGACCGAGGAAUCGGGUAAGCGCAGAUAUAUGGGUACAAUUGUAGGUAUCAGUGAUGUCGAUCCUUUAAGGUGGCCUGGUUCUAAGUGGCGAAAUAUUCAGGCUGAAUGGGAUGAGCCAGGGUGUGGUGAUAAGCAAAAUAGGGUUAGUGUUUGGGAGAUCGAGACUCCAGAAAGCCUUUUCAUCUUUCCUUCUUUGACUUCAAGCCUAAAACGGCCGUUGCAAUCUGGAUAUUUGGAAAAUGAGUGGGGAACUUUGAUACGAAGACCCUUUAUUAAAGUGCCUGAAAAUGGAGGAACAGUGGAGAUCUCAAGCUCAAUGCAAAAUCUCUACCAAGAAAACAUGAAGAUGUUUUAUAAACCACAAGUGAUCAACAACAGUGGAGCCUUUUUACCUAUCAUGCAACAAGAUUAUUCUCCUACAAGAGUUCCCUUUCAAGAUAUGAAGUCCACACAGGCUCUAGAGAAUCCGAAAGUUCACCUUUCAAGCACAGAGAGCAUACCUAAUAAUACCUUUAACAUGCAUUCAUUGUUGAAAAAUGACCAACCGGAAAAGUUGCAGCCUUUGGCCAAAACCGAUAAUUCAAAAUUAGAAUCCGAGGUGUUACCUGAUCAUAUAUUUGACUUCCCUUCUUUUGAAAGCUGCAGCAACAUUGAAAAGGUGAAUACAGCAAACCAAUUAACAUAUCAUAAUCAAAACCAAAGUCAAAAUCCAUUACUCGCUCAUACUAGUCCAUGGACUAUGCAGCAGCCUCAGUUAGAAUCAUCAAUGUCGCAUCCUCAACUUAUUGACAUGGUCCAACCCGAUUCUUCUAUUGUAAACAGCAUGCUUCCUCAGCUAGACGUCGAUGAAUGGAUGAUGUAUUCUUCUUGUCAGCCUCAAGUAGUGAAUCCCUCUAUACCCUCGAUGAACCAAGAAGUGUGGGAUCAAUAUGUCAAGAAUUUUAACUUGAGGGAUCUUUCAGCUGAAAGCAAUAACCAAAGUGAAAUUUGUGUCAACGUUGAUGCUAGUAAUAGUGUGAGUACCACUGUGGUUGAUCCUUCUACUUCAAACACCAUUUUUGACGACUUUUGCUCAAUGAAGGAUAAAGAUUUUCAGCACCCUCAAGAUUGCAUGGUUGGCAACUUAAGUUCUAGUCAAGAUGGCCAGUCUCAGAUUACUUCUGCUAGUCUAGCUGAGUCCCACGCCUUUUCUCUGCGAGACAAUUCUGGUGGUACUUCUUCAAGCCAUGUUGAUUUUGAUGAAAGUAGCUUUCUGCAGAAUAAUAAUUCUUGGAAGCAAGUAGCUGCACCAAUCCGAACCUACACAAAGGUGCAAAAAGCAGGUUCUGUAGGAAGAUCCAUUGAUGUGACUACUUUCAAAAACUAUGAAGAGUUGAUCCGCGCAAUUGAAUGCAUGUUUGGACUGGACGGUCUGCUGAAUGACACAAAAGGUUCUGGAUGGAAAUUAGUAUAUGUAGAUUAUGAGAGUGAUGUUCUGCUUGUUGGAGAUGAUCCCUGGGAGGAAUUUGUGGGGUGUGUUCGCUGUAUACGAAUAUUAUCUCCUUCAGAAGUUAAAGAGAUGAGUGAAGAAGGGAUGAAGCUUCUAAAUAGUGGAGCAUUGCAAGGAAUCAAUGUGUGAAUAACACCAUGCUUUGAUUUGUUCUUGUAACCUUGUUCUUGAAAAAUGUGCUUGUAAUGUACGAACUAAAAUGACACUCAUUUGGGAAUGGGUACGCAAUAUUGGUUAUAUAUGGACCAAACAAACCUUCAGCGGGGAUGAGUCUUUAGUUUAUGACAGAUUAGAAAUUAUGAAUGUUCAAUGAAUCAAAAGGUUGCAUACCUUAACUUGUAAUUUAGUAUUGCAAGCAAGUAGAAAUAUUAUGCAUGCUUAUUA